UUAUAAAGAAACAGACGACAAUAAACCAUUGAUUCGUAACCUUUCUCGACCAAUUAAAAUACUUGUUCUAUAAAAGGACGUCAAAACAACCAAUCACGAAACAUGACUUGAUAGGAUGACUGACACGCAUUUAUUGAGCUGAAGUUCAUCCAAGUUUCGACAGCUGAUAGUAAUACUUCAGCUAUGGAAGGGAGCGAAGACGACGAAAAAGCUCACAAGAAACCGAGAAAAACUCUUCAGGCUAAAGACAAGRGUUACCAUUUCAACUCAUCUGUUGUAAUAGUCAGUCUGUCAUUCUUGGUUGCGGUUGCUAGUAUCGUGGUCUACCUGAUCGGGUUUGACCUCAUCUUGCAAUAUUUCCAACAUCAAAGAAGCUUCUACGACUCGUAUUACGAAGAUCCCACUGUCAAUCCUGAAAUUAUUAACUUAUUCAUAAGCUACGAUGAAAAUCGUGACGGUAAAAUUGAUCCAAAGGAAUUUGUGCAAAUUGCACAUCGCAUGUUUGGCAGACAGCAGAAGUCAAUUACUAGUAGUUUUGGAGAACUGCCAAUUAAAGAAAAAUGGGACCAAAGUGGUGAAAAGAUUACAAUGAAAGCAUCAUUUAAACCUCUUGUUCUGUCAACCAUGACAAAGUUCUCUCAUGCUACAUAUCCUGGGUUUGAUCAGCCUUUAGAGAUGCUCAAGUCUUGGAGACAAGCAUCUAAACCAACAUUAAUUUUACCUGUCUCUGCUUUCUCCAUAUUCCUCCCUSCAGAGAACACAAAACUUGGGGAAUCGUGGUACGUCAUAUCUCCAGAAACACAUAAGUAUGAUCCAUCUCUACCAAGCCUUCGCUAUGUUCCCACUCCUGUUCACGGYAAUGCAGUUCUCAUACACUACCUCUUAUCAAUGUUUCAUCCAAGACCUUUUACGAUGACACGUCUCACACCACAAGGAACAGCAGCCUGUAUAGAGGCAUUUAAUGAAAAAUUCUUAAAAAUAGCAUUCAGAAUCCAUGCAGAAUUCCAAAUAAAUGAACCACCWYUGAUGCCAUUCUGGUUYUCUCCUGCUCAGUUUGCAGGAACCAUUGUCAUCAGUAGAGAUGGAAAACAUGUGCAUUCAUUCAACAUGGCUGUACCAAACAACAGAAGUUUGAAUGUUGACAUGGAGUGGUUAAUGAAAGCAGAAAAACCAGAGAAGAGUCAAGAGAAUGAAAUUAAGCAAGACAAAACAGAUGAGACAAAUGAAAAUGAUGAGCAUGAUGACUCUGUAACAAUGGAAGUUGAUAUAGGGUAUGUUCCUCAAAUGGAGAUUAAUAGCAAUGGUCCAUCAUGCAUCAGGAGUGAUGAUGACAAUACAGAAUGUCCYUCAACRUCAACGGACAACAUUGCCUGGGAAUCAGAACUUAAACACCAACAUGCAGAACAAAUUUUAAUGAAAUUCUUUUACCCUUUCCAGAAGGUACCAUACCUUCCUUUUAAAGAAGCUUUCAAGAAAUCAAAAGAGCUAAACAAACCAGUACACCAUAUCUUACUAUGGGGUGCACUAGAUGACCAGUCCUGCUGAGGUUCAGGGCGGACGCUCCGAGAUGGCCCCUUGGAGAACCGCCGUAUUCUUAACCUUCUACAGGACAAGUUUAUUAGCUGUUGGUCGCUGAUUGAUGAGUUGAAAAAUUUUUCCAAAAGCAAGGAUGAGGAUGAGACAGCUAAACUUGCACAGUUGUCAUUAGAUGGUUACAGAUUUCCAGUAGAGUCCAUGGUGCAAUUGCCCAAUGGUACUCUAGUCCAGAGAAGAAAUGCUAAYGACUUACUGGACACAGAAGAAGAGGGUGAAAAACAGUUAGCUUCUUCAGAUUUUGACGACAUCAUAAGUUUAAAAUACUACAAGUUUUUAGAAAAAUCACUAGAAAUCAUAAAAAAACAAUAACUCAUACAAAUAAUUUUUGUAGAUUAAUGUUCUUUCACAUAAAACUAAUUUAUAUAAUUACGAUAAAUUAUUUAAUAUUUAAGAACAAAUUUUUAUUAUUAAAUAAAAAUAGCGUAAUAUCAGUAAGAUAAAUAUUAACAAUAAAUUAAUAGACUGCAAUGCAAAAGAAUACAAAGAAUACUAUGGCCAGCUUAUCCCAUUACAAAUAACUUCAAAAAUAAAUUCAAGUACAAGAUCCCCGCUGGAAGACUAAAAUAAUUUUAUAUUAGAAAAGUUAUGACUUCUGAAGGCACAAUUAUACUGUGAUCUGUUAUUUCAAACGUUUCGCCUUUGACAUUUAUGUAUGUGCCUAUCAGAAGUCAUAACAUUUCUAAUAUAUCCACAUCCMAGGCAUGGCUACACAUAUAUUCUCAAAAUAAUUUUCUAUGAUGUUUUCUACAAACAGUAUAACUUCAGCACAAAACAUACUUUGUAUAAGGUAUAUAACAUUACUUGAAGAAUGUUAUAUUUGUCAGGCUUAUGGAGACAGGCUAACUCAAAACUCAAAACAAACUCAAAAAAAAAAAAUAAUAAUAAUAAUAAUUAUAAUAAUAUCCUGACAACAACAGGACAUUUGAGUGAAUAAUUCUAUGCCUAGGGUUACAUUUGUAUAUUGUUUAAUAUAAACAGGAAAGAAAGCAAAAUGCAACUGUAGGUAAUAUCAAGAGAUAUGUGUUCAAAGGGCCAUGAACAUUCCAAUUCUCACUGCAUUGACGAUACUAAAAUGAAGUCAGAUCAUUUUAUGAUGGCUAUUUUCUAAAGUACAUUAAGUACAGGGAUAGCUUGAUGCAARGUUAAUGACUGAUACCCUGCAUUCAUGCAUUGAUAUAAUUGCAUUAUAGGCUUGCAUUGCAUGAGCAAUGCAAGUAUUUUCUGAACACAUUUUGCAAUAAAAUCCUACCAAAAGUCCCCUUCAAGAAGUAAUUAAGCCAAUGUUGCUCUUCUAGAUAAGGGCAUUAUUUUUUAUUCAAUAAAAAUAUUACUCUUA